AUGGCAAAAUCUUCUCGAUCCAAGUGGAAGAAGCUGCACAAGCGGCAACGCGCGCAGGAGGUUGCCGCCGUCGUACGGAGGCGUGUUAGCCGUUUAAACGACAAACUCCGCCUUGCAGCUGAGGGGGGCCUCGGUGCGGUCCCGAUGCAAGAUCCCGAGACACGUUUUCAUUUCUUGAACCCCGAAAUGGACAUGAAUGUGCCACAGAACUGCAAAGGACUAAAUAAUAACUUUCAAGACAUUGUCCAGGAAUCCCUUGACUUCUCCAGACCACUGCACCUGCAACCCCCGAGGACGAAUUUCCACGGGAAGAGCGACCCGAACGCACCGCACCGAAUGACACAGCAGUUUGAGUUACUGGACGCAUCUGCACCUGUCGCUGGUCAUGCCAUCACUGUGAAGGACGUUGAGCGCAUGGCAGUCAAUAAAGAGCAGGAGCAGCGCCCAAAUGCGGAUCACCAUGCAAAUGAAGAGGAAGGGCCGAAUGGAAUGAACAACGGAGAUGGUAUGAUGGAAGAGUUUGUUUUUGGGUGCAAUGAUGCCGCAGAAGAAACAACAGCGAACACCAAAGCGUUGCUUUUUUGUGUCAGUGAUGCUGCAGCGGUUAAGAAGAAACAGAAGAGCAAAAUGGCCGAAACACCACAGGCAGUGCCCCAGCGUAUAUGCAGCAUGGCGGGGGCCGCAAAGAACGGCGGCCGCUUUUUGCAAGUCUCGGGCAACAAGAAGGCGAAGCGGCUGUCCAAUGCAAUAUCCACACGCUUAGUGAAAUCCGGCAGUAGGGCUGCGAAGAAGCGGGUUACAGCCAGUCACGAAUAA